GCAGCUCACCGAGAAGAAGAGGAGGCAGUUUAGGAGAAGAGGAGGAGGAGCGGAGGCUUUCCUUAAAAAAAAAUAAAGAAGAAGAAGGAGGAGAAGGGGAGGAGGACAGCGGGGGCAGGCAGCCGGCUGACCGGGACCACAGAGCCCCUUCUAGGAGAGAAAUCACCGCCACGACCGCUUCAUCACAUCACAGCUCUGGGAUGACAAAGUCCCAGUAAGGCAGAGAGAGAUGUCGCAGAAGAAGAUUUUCCUGAUCUGUGUGGCCAUCAGUACUGUCAGUCUCCUGCUGCACCAUGGGGGCCACUUAAGCUGGACCAUGGAGGCCUUCCACCUCAGCUGUCCUGGCCUCCGUUCCCUCCCUCUCUGGGGCCUGAAACCUAAGCACACCAAUGUGGCCUUCCUCAAGACCCACAAAACAGCCAGCUCCACCAUGCAGAACCUGCUUUUCCGCUUCGCAGAGCGCAACAAUGUCACAGUGGCGUUGCCCGUGCAGGCCUGCAGCCAUCAAUUCUGCUACCCGCGCUCCUUCACUUCUCACUUUGUCCACCCGCAUACGAUACCACCAAACAUCAUCACCAGCCACAUGCGCUUCAAUAAGGCGGAGCUACAGCGCCUUAUGCCCAAUGAUACAAUCUAUAUUACAAUCCUGAGAGAGCCUGGAUCCAUGUUUGAGUCCUUGUUCAGUUACUACAACCAGUACUGCCAGAGCUUUAAAAGAGUCCCCAAUGGCUCCCUGGAGGCUUUCUUAGAGGAACCCUGGCGCUACUACAGACCAGAUGAGAAAGACUCUAUGUAUGCACGCAACACAGUGACUUUUGACCUCGGCGGCGAUAAGGAUCGACCAGCAACAGAUGUGACAUAUGCUAAGACCUUUCUGGCCGAAGUGGAUCGAGUUUUCUCACUGGUGAUGAUAGCUGAGUACUUUGAUGAGUCUCUGGUUCUCCUUCGCCAUCUCUUAAAUUGGGACUUAGACGACAUUUUAUAUGUUAAGCUAAACAUGCGGACGAUCAGCUCAAAGCGAAGCCUUACGCCGAGCCUUUCUGCAAAGAUCCGUGCCUGGAAUUCCAUAGAUGCACGUCUCUAUGACCACUUCAAUGCCUCGUUGUGGCGCCAGUUGUCCGCUUUGGGUCACGCCUGUGUGGCAAGGGAGGUACGACUCCUUCGGCAAGCCCAGGAGAGACUAAUGAGAAGCUGCUUUGGCGGGCGGAUGCCGCUUCUACGCUCAGCCGAGCAGAUCAAAAACAAAGAUCUCCGCCCCUGGAAGCCAAGUGGGAAAGUUGACAUUGUGGGAUAUGACCUCCCUGUAAAUCUCAGUCGUGGUUUCUCAAGCCAAGCACAAGAUCUGUGCCUCAAGCUAGUCAUGCCAGAGGUCCAGUACACGAGAGUUCUCCUACGUUCUCAAUUACUACGUUACCGUCGAAGCUACCAGCUACGGCCGCCACAGCAGGCACGUUCCCCCCAGCAGCCUAUACGCACAGUCCUGCUGCGGCACCCUCAAGGUCAGCGCAACCAACCGCCCCAAGCAGCCCCAGCAGCCCCGGGCCCUGCAUCAGGAACCCGGUCCACCUCCACCACAAAGCCUGCUGAAGGUUUGCAAGAUCGGACCACGAAACUAGGGCCUAAACCUGCACAAACCGAAGCCUCUUAGACUGCAAACAGAGACUUGAACACAAUCUGAGCCCCCAACAGACUGCAUUGUACAACCCAUCCUGACCCUCGAGACAAUGAUGCUUGGUUGGUUCGGGGUGUCUUUGGGAAAUCUAUGUCUCUCCUGUCCAGUCAAAACAAAUGAGGACUAAGAAGGGAAAGGGGGUAUGAAUUUUCAGGACGUGAACUUGAAUCCCUCCCCUCUCUGGACUGUGAAACAGUAUCCGACAUAAGAGCGGGGUAAAUCUACACUAGGACACGUCUCAAUUGCACUCCUCUGCAAACGGAUUGGAGAGGGUUUUAGGUGAAAGUGGUUCUUUGAAGCAAAUCUGUUAUGUGCAACAAGGACUCAAUAGGGAAGUGGCGAUAUCGGGGUCUAUUGUAAGGCACAGAGUGGGCUUUGUGUGUAUCACACUGGUAUAGUAUCGCGUUACUUGCUUUCAUUCUCUGUUUCUCCAGCUCUCUUUCGUUCUCUCUCACUAACAUAUGCCAUUUAAAGUCCUUGAGAGAGACAUAAUGACAAAAAGGGAUCAGCUGUCAGGCUUCCAAAGAGCCUCCUAAGAGGCCAGACAGGCGUUGAGAUCACCUUCAAGCACAAUCAACAACUCUU